AUGCUGACCCUGGAGAAAAUACCAUUUGGAGCCCCUAUGGAGAUGAUGAGCGUUGGACAAGCGCUGCUGAGGCAGUGUCUGGGUCUUCCUUUGAAGAAGAUCGACAUUCACAGGCUGCUGAGGCAGUGUCUGUGUCUUCCUUUGAAGAAGAUCGACAUUCACAGGCUGCUGAGGCAGUGUCUGUGUCUUCCUUUGAAGAAGAUCGACAUUCACAGGCUGCUGAGGCAGUGUCUGUGUCUUCCUUUGAAGAAGAUCGACAUUCACAGGCUGCUGAGGCAGUGUCUGUGUCUUCCUUUGAAGAAGAUCGACAUUCACAGGCUGCUGAGGCAGUGUCUGGGUCUUCCUUUGAAGAAGAUCGACAUUCACAGGCUGCUGAGGCAGUGUCUGUGUCUUCCUUUGAAGAAGAUCGACAUUCACAGGCUGCUGAGGCAGUGUCUGGGUCUUCCUUUGAAGAAGAUCGACAUUCACAGGCUGCUGAGGCAGUGUCUGGGUCUUCCUUUGAAGAAGAUCGACAUUCACAGGCUGCUGAGGCAGUGUCUGGGUCUUCCUUUGAAGAAGAUCGACAUUCACAGGCUGCUGAGGCAGUGUCUGUGUCUUCCUUUGAAGAAGAUCGACAUUCACAGACUUUUUUGGGGAAAAAAAGCCACCAGGAAGAAGCAUCUUCAGAGGAUCACCCAGAAACUGUGGUAA